AUGGCGCUGGUUGCUCGGAAACUGGUGUGCUACAAGAUGGACAUGGCUGCACUCAGCGAGGUCCGUUUCUCUGAGCAAGGCCAACUGGAGGAGGUGGGUGCCGGCUACACCUUCUUCUGGAGUGGUCGACCCAGGGCAGAGCGGCGUGACGCGGGUGUCGCUUUUGCCACCCGCAACGACAACAAUACUGCCUAACAGGGGGGGGGGGGGCGUUGCACAAAUCCGUUUAUGGUCAAGGGCAGUCAAUUGGGCUUCCUGCUGUAGUAGUACCGUGACCCAAGGGAAAGGUCGACAGUGGCCUGAGGUGAAAAAACAACGUUAUUUAGGGGAAUACUGCUUACCUCUCCGUGGUGGAGAAGGUCAGGAUGUGCGUCCUAAAAUACCACUCAAGCACGCUGACAGUUGUUUAUGGAUGCAAAAAAUACCGUCCAUCCGGAACGACAUCGUGGAACGACUGCCCUAUCUGCCACAGGGUAUCGGACGCCUGAUGAGCCUGCGCCUGCCCCGCCAGGGAGGCACAUUCGCUAACAUCAUCAGCGCCAGCGCUCAAAAAAUGAUUGGCCUGCCCUCCUGGCGUCUGUGUCAAAGGCGGAUAAGCUGAUGCUCUUGGUGGCUUCGACACCAACUUCGGUAGAGAACCUGCUGCCUGGACAGGAGUGCAAGGGACCCAUAGUCUCAACUGCUCCAAUGACAGUAGCCAGCUCCUUCUACGAACCUGCGCAGAACACCGGCCAAUCCUGACGAACACUUUUUUCCGCACCCCUCCCCUCCGAUGCGAGGGAAGGCCACCUGGAUGCACCAUCGGUCACGAAGCUGACACCUGUUGGACUAUGUCCUUGUCCGGAGGCGGGACCAGCAGGAUGUGCUGGUGGCAAAGGCGAUCCUGAGUGUCAUCUCCAAGAGGAGUAUUCCCUGAAGCCGCGCAGAAGGUCUUAUGAUAAGCAACAACCAGGUAGGUUGAAUACUGUUUUGUUAAAUGUGUCUGCUCACGAUUUCCAUACCAGCAACGGAGAAGCUCAACGGCUGGCCAACCUUCCAAUUACUGCCGCUGCCGAGAACUCCGUGGAGAACCGAGGGUGCCAACUGACGGACACAGUCUAGUCGACCGCCUUGGCUGUUCUCGGCCGCGCACGUCAUCAACAUCAGGGUUGGUUCGACGACACUGGCGCCGCUAUCAGCAACCUGCUCGUCGAAAAGAACCGCCCGCACAAAGCCUACCACAACAAAGUAGCCUUUUACCAUGGUCGCCGUCCUGUGCAGCAGCUGCGGAAAAGGAUGAACGCUUGGACGGCUCGCAGGGCAGAGGAUUUCAAGGGUUCACGUAUCGUAACGAAUGGGAGAACUUCUUCGCCUCAAUCAAAGAUGUCUACGGUCCGCCUACCAAAGGAACCACUCCUCUUCGCGACACUGACGGCAGUACCCUACUCAUUGAGAAGACAAAUUCUACAGUGGUGAGCCGAGCAUUUCAGAGGCGUCUUCAACCGUCCUCCCCACCAUUUUCGACGCCGCCAUCGACCGUCUGCCCCAGAUGGUGAUCAACGCCAACCUCGACCUCCCGUCGUUCCUCCACGAGACCUUUGGGAUCGUGAAGCGGCUCUCUAGCGGUAAAUCGCAUAGAUCAGGCACGAUUCCUGUUGAGAUUUACAAGAACGGUGACCCUCACCUUAUGGACCAUCUAGCAGUGCUCUUCUAUGAAAUUUGGCGUCAAGGACAGGUCUCUCGGGACUUCGAGGACGCCACAAUCGUCCAUCUCUACAAGCGGAAGCGAAAACGCCGACCCUGCGACAACCAUCGAAGCAUUUCUCUGCUGAACAUAGCUGGGAAGAUCUUCUCUCGCAUCUCCCUCAAACGUCUCAACAACCAUCUGGAACAGGAAUCUGAAGAACUGUGA